CUGUCCGGGCCGAUUGCGAGUAGGAGUUAACGCGUACGUUCGCGUAUUAGGUAUUUCGCCUAGGAAAGGCCACACGAGAAGCCAGAACACCUGACAAAUUUGUAAAAAAAGAAAUGCUGGGCUAAUUUUUGGUACUAGUUUAUUAGUGUGAAAUUACAUCUUCGUCACCCAACCCUAGCCGUCAAUCCCUAUCUCCAUUUGGAUCUCUCCCUCUCGACUCCAUGUUGCCGCCGCCGCCGCUGCGUUCCGUUGCGGCAAGCGGCGACGGGUGGCUCUCCCUCUCCGUCUCCACGGAGUCCACGGGGUCAGGAGAGAGCAACAAGCGCCUCAAGCGAGGCGGCGGCGGCGGAUCGGUCGAGGACGAUGGGUUCCCCCUCCACGACGAGGUCCUCCUCCUCGUGUUUGCGGCUAGCUCGCUGGAUCUUCACGACCUCGUCCGGUGCACCGCCACUUGCAGGCGGUGGCGCCGCCUCGUCACCGGCAACGCGGAGUACAUCUGCCGCUCCAUGCUGCCCUCCAGCCGCCUCAUCCGCGACCUCGCCGUCGGCUUCUUCCACCAGAGCCACGAGGACGAAUCGUCUUCCUCUGUCGUGCCGCCUCGGUUCGUCCCGUUGCCCUCGGCCUCCUCCAGGUUCGGCGGCGGCGAGCUUGACAGGGUGCUCGACAACCCCGGCCUCUUCAAGAACUCCCGCCUCGUCGCAUCACGGAAAGGCCGCCUCGUCGUCGAGCUCCGCCGCGCCUCCCGUGCCGCCGCCCUUAGGCUCGUCGUGUGCAACCCCAUGACCGGUGACAUGUCCGUCCUCCCCGUCCUCUCCGGGAAGGACAGGCCCGGGCUCUACGCGUGCGCGCUGCUCACCGCCGACGACCUUCAGGACUCCGCCGAUCCGCUCCCACCGGGUCCCGCCGCCUUCCGCCUGGUGGUCCUCUACAAGCGCCGCAGCUUCACGGCGUGCCGGUCCUACUCGUCGGACACCAAUGCCUGGAGCACCGAGCGCAAGCUAUCCGGCGUCAAGAUCGGCGGGAAGCGCCUGGGCGACAUGGCCGCCGGUGUGACCUUCCGCGGCCGCGUGUUCUGGCUGGUGAACAGCGUGGUGUUCGUCCUCCACUUGGACACGCUGGUGGCGACCACCGAGAACAUCUCAUGGCAUUGGAGGUGGAACGGCAAGCCAUGCUUCUGCCUCGGUGACCCGGUGCCAAACCGCCGUCUCGCCGUCUCGCCGGACGGACGUCUCUGCGUGGUGCAGGUGGGUCGAAACUUGAGGACCUACAACCCGGUGAUCAACGUCUUCGCUCGCCAUGACAGUGGCGGCUGCAAUGGGAGCACGGCGCAGAAGAUCAGGUGGAAGGUGGAGGAGGCGCACGACGUGGAGCUGAGCCACCUGAUUCCAUUGGCGAACGUGAAGAGGGUUUGUCUGAGGGGCGUCUGCGAGAAGAGCGGGCUCAUCUUCCUCGCCAUCGGCGCAGACAUGUACGCCAAGAAACCGGACCUGGCGCUGUACGCGCUGGACAUGGAGAAGAAGGAGGCGAGGCUGGUGCCGGCGCCCCCGGGCCGCUGCUGCGUUCGCCGGUCGUCGUGGAGCUUCUUCGGGUACGAGUUGGACCGUGUGGACUACCUCGCCUCCCUCGCCGGUGGCGAUUCCACCGCUAGAUGAUGGAACAAGCAUCCAUCUCUGCACUGAGGUAAGGAGAAGAAAUUUGGGUCAGAUUUUACUGUUGUCACCUGCUGAAGACAGCACUGUAGCUCGUCGGAAAAAACCAAAUCAGGCAUUAUGAAACAUAUUUUCAUACAUCUUAAUUACAUCAUAUUGUUAUAGUUUAAUCAGUUUAUAACAUAUGGACAUUAUAUAUAAUCAGUAGAAUUUUGUCAUAA